AUGCCUGCGAGGGAGCUGGUGGUGGUGGCGGUGGUGGCAGCACUGGUGACUCUUGUCACUGCCGGUGGAGUGGAGCUGAAUGAAGGGAAUGGCCUGAGGAGGCCUGUGUGUGGAGACAUGGUUGAGCUACAGGCCUGCCCCCUCCUGCACUUGCCUGUCUGUGGGACCGAUGGGAACACCUAUGCCAAUGAAUGCCAGCUCUGUGUGCAACAAAUGAAAACCAGGCAAGACAUCCGGAUUUUGAAAGAUGGGGAGUGUCAAGAUGUCUGA